UUAACUGGGGUGAUCAAGAAACUGUUAAUAAUGAUCAUAAAAAUAAUAAUAACAGUAAUAUUUGUGGCCAUGCGACGUUGCCCUUUUGAUUCCUACGCGUACCUGCACCCAUACACGCCACCUCUGUACGGUGCGAAGAGCUCAUAUUAUCAUUUAAGCCGCAUGAGUGCCGACGCAUAUGAGCACUCCAAUUCACCAAAAUUUAAAUAAAUAUAAAUAGACAGAUAGAUAAAUCAAUCCAUAGAUUCACAACGUAACAAAGUCGUUUUCUAUAUUUCUCUCUCUCUCCCUCUCUUUCCCUGUCCCUUCCAUAAAGCUCCAACGGUCUCUUUCUCCCUUCUAUUGUAUAUUCAGUCACUGUUCCACGUUGGGAAAGAAGGAUAUAUAUCUUCUCGGUCCACAUAAAGCUAUCAAAUUAAGCUACUUAAUAUAGUCAGUUUACGUGGUUGCAUUGGUAAUAUGAGAGACAACAUUUCCGACCUUUUCGAGGAUCCCCCGGAGUUCAGAUCCGCAGACUUCGCUGGAGCGGCAUCUCCGGACGACCUCUUCAGCUUGCUGGAAACUUUGGAAGACAGUAGAAAAGAAGUCCCCCCAUUCAACCCGUUCGAGAAAGCGGCAGCUUCUGCGGUGCCUCAGAAACCUCUUCUCUCGAGUGUUCGGCGCCACGAGACCACGGACGACGCCGAAGAAGCGAAUGACCCGGCUCGGAAGAAGCACAAGGCAUCGGCCGCUGAAGCGGCUGCCCAGGAAUCCGAGGCUGCAGUGGCCGCUGCACAAGACGGCGGGCAGCACAAGAUGUCGCACAUCACGGUGGAGCGCAACCGGCGGAAGCAGAUGAACGAGCACCUCACGGUGCUGCGCUCACUGAUGCCGUGCUUCUACGUCAAGCGAGGAGAUCAAGCAUCCAUCAUAGGAGGAGUAGUCGACUACAUCAAGGAGCUGCAACAAGUGUUGCAAUCCUUAGAAGCCAAGAAGCAGAGGAAAGUAUACAGCGAAGUGCUCAGCCCGCGACCCGCCAUUUCGAGCCCUCGCCCCUCGGUGAGCCCACGGCCACUUCCGCCGCCGCUAAGCCCGAGAGUGGGCUUGCCGAUAAGCCCGCGAACGCCCCAGCCGGGAAGCCCAUACAAGCCCAGAAUUGUGCAGCAGGGUCUGUACUUACCAGCCACUAUGAUGCUACCAUCUAUGGAAUCCUCUCCUUCGUCGGAGCACACUUUGGCCGACCUCGCAGCGAACUCGAAGUCACCUGUCGCAGAGGUGGAGGUGAAGUUCACGGGCCCCAACGUUCUCCUCAAGACGGUGUCGCAUAGGAUUCCCGGGCAGGCUGUUAAGAUAAUCGCGGCGCUCGAGAGCCUCGCUCUAGAGGUGCUCCAUGUGAACAUCAGCACCAUUGAUGAUACGAUGCUCAACUCAUUCACCAUCAAGGUAAUUAAGUGUUACUCAAUGAACUAUUGUAUAUACAUUCCAUAUAUCUUCUUUCUUCUUUUGCAAUAUAUAAAGUUUGUCGCUUAACUUCCUUGUUAGUUAGGUUAAGUACUUAAAAAGAAUUUUCACACAAUAUAUACAAACUACUUCUAUAUGCCUUUAACAAUCAAGGUAGUACUCCUCAAGUAAUGAGCCAUACCACAUGACUCCUCAUCUAACUCUAAAAUAUAACUUCUUUUCUACAAUGUAAGAUUUAUCAUUUUUUUUGAACUUUCUUGUUAUAUAGUUGGGUUACUUCUUUUAAGUAAUUUUCACAAAAUACAUUCUAGUUCUAUCAUUCUUCGUCUUUUUAAAAUCUUUUUUUCCUUUCUAUUAAUUUUUCUUCCUUCCUGGUCAAGAGAUGAAUAAUAACAUGACCUUUUUCCUUUUUUCAAAAAAAAAACAUGACCUUAUAAUUUCCACAUUCAAGAAAACAUUCCUGCCAAAGCCCAGGAGACAAUCACACAGUUAUGGUUCAAAUAAAUAGCUCUAGUGUGCAUUAAUUUAACACUUGCCAUGUACACUUGAGGGUCCAAAGCAUAUAUACAUAUCUCUACGUCCUUUUCAGAGAGAGAGAGAAAGAGAGAGAGAGAGAGCACUAGGCAUGUGGUGGGUUUAAUUUAUAUACUGUUUAAGCUACUCAACUUACUGUUUUCGUCUACUUUCUCAGUUUAUGUACUUCUCAGUCCUGAACAACCCUAGUAAAUCUAAGAUAAGUAGAUGUGCAGUGUAGUAGUAGUAGUGUAUAAUAUAUAAAUGAUAACUUGGUUGCCCAAUGGA